UCACCGACUGAUAUCCUAUUUUCCCCUCUAGUUUCCAGCCGCGGAGGCCUCACAAAAUCCUCUUCCUCUCCGCCCGUCCUUCUCCCCUCUCCAUCUUUGGCCAUGUCGUCCGCCGGAGCCCCGGGCGGCGCCGCCGUCCCUCAGCGUUACUUCUGCCACCAGUGCGACCGCACCGUCACCCUCACCCCAUCCCCCGACGCCGAGAUCGCCUGCCCCAUCUGCCAUGGCGGCUUCCUUGAGGAGUUCGACCUCCCCGACCCUAACCCUAGCCCUCAUUCCUUCUUCUCCUUCCGAUCCUCCGACCCGUUCUUCCUCUCCCCCUCCCCCUUCUCUUUCCUUUUGUCCUCCUCCUCCUCGCCCCCGGCCAGCUUCGACCUUCGCAACCCUAGCGACCUCGCUGGCCUCUUCGACCCCGACUCCUUCCGCUCCUCUGCCCCCGGAGGUGGAGGCGGCCCGGAGCCCUUCAAUCCGCUGGCUUUCCUCCAGAACCACAUCCAGCAGCUCGUUUCCGGCGGCGCGAACAUCCAGAUCGUCCUCGAGGGCGGCCCCGGCUUAGGUGGCAACCUCGGCGACUACUUCAUCGGCCCCGGCCUCGAGCAGCUGAUACAGCAGCUCGCCGAGAACGACCCCAACCGCUACGGCACCCCGCCGGCGUCCAAGUCCGCCGUUGCCUCCCUGUCGGACAUCAAGAUCACUGUGGAACUCCUAGCCUCUGACGAGGCUCAGUGCGCGGUGUGCAAGGAUACCUUUGAGAUCGGGGAGGAGGCGAAGCAGAUGCCGUGCAAGCACAUCUACCAUAAGGACUGCAUCCUGCCAUGGCUUGAGCUGCACAACUCUUGCCCUGUGUGCAGGUACGAGCUGCCGACAGACGAUCCGGACUAUGAGAACCGGAGGGGGGCGCCGGUUCAGGGUGGGCUCCCUGUGGGAGCUGAUGAUCCUGGUGGCGCCGGUGGGUCAGCGGCUAGGGCAUCGGGGGAUGGGAGCACUCAGAGUCCAAGGACGGUAGAGAGGAGGUUUAGGAUCUCGCUGCCUUGGCCAUUGAGGGGUUUUGGGUCGCAAGCUGAGGCUAGCAAUGCUGGAGGUGGUGGGAAUGAUGUUGGUGGCAGCUCUGGUGGAACUGGUGCAAAUUCUGGUAGCCAUGGGAACACUGGGUCGACCCGACAAGAGGAUUUGGAUUGAGAAUAGUUGGAGGAUGAACUCUUGGGAGUGCAUUCUCCUUGGUACAGAGCUCAACAUUUACUGCAUCAGAGAUAUACAUGUUUGAAAAUUAAGUCAAGGCAUGUUCAGAAUACUUUCUUUGUUCAUGCAGUUAUUAUUGUUAUUAUUUUUUUUGUGGUGGUGGUGGUGAGAGAGAAUGGGGAUUGAUUUUAUACCUGUAGCCAUGAACCAGAAGUGGGGAGUCACGAAAUCUGAAUUCAACAGACACAUGUCUGGGAUAGGAAGUAUAUCUGAUUGAGGCUAGCUUUGAUAUUUAAUCAGUUCAUCGUGAAAGCAUGCCUGUGUUGUUUCCAUUUUUUGUAAGCUAAUCAAUAGUGCGCUUUAUUCUCAAUGGAUCAUUGUAUAAAUAUAACUAUUUUCUUCUAAAGCUGUUCUGGAUGUUCAAUCAUCCUUGAUGCGUA